CUGCCACAGGCGGCCCCAUUGGAGACGCUUCAUACUGAGCAGCAAAAUGGCCGCCCGUCAACCGACUGACUCCACAGCGCUUUGAAAUUCAAAUUCUUCUGCACAUUCGGGUUUACACCAUUACAACGUUAGUACUUAUUUACGCGCCGGGAGCUCGCUGCGCUUGUGUUUUCCACCACUUACUUGACUCCACCGCUCGGGCGUCGCUGUUCUCGACGCCUCGACGAAUGCCUCAAAAAGCUAGAAAAGAAAAAUUCGCACUGAAGCACUUUAGCUAAGCUAUCCAGCUAGCGCCGCUAGCUCCUCUUCAUAUGUGAUUCUUGAGAAAAGAGUAUCAGGACAGGAGCAGUAGUUCAUGGAAGACAAGAAAAGGAAAAAAGACGACAAAAGGAAAAGGGAAGCCUCUCAGAAGGUUGCAGAACAAAAAAACAAAGUGCCAGACUUGACCAAGCCGGCGUCUGCCCAGUCUCCUGCCACUCAGAGCAGCUCUGCCUCCCCUAGCCCUGGACCCACCCCCUCUGCCUCCCCAUCCCCAGCCACCUCAGGCCCUGGCAGUGCUGCCCCCCCAUCACAGGGCGGCAACAAUGCCAAGCGCCUGGGGGUGGCCAACGGACAGCCCACCUCCACCACCAGUUCUUCCUCCACCGCUGGCGGCCCCGGUGCUGCUGGAAACGGCAGUACAAGUAGCGGAGGCGGAGCCCAGGCGCCUCAGCAGCAACCGCGCUACAUGCCGAGAGAAGUGCCCCCGCGAUUCCGCUGCCAGCAGGACCAUAAAGUGCUACUGAAGAGGGGUCAGCCGCCACUGUCCUCCAUGCUGCUGGGAGGGGGAGGAGGAGGGGAUGGCCCAAAUGCAAACAUGGCUGCUGUCUCAGACACUGGUGCGGUUACCUCCUCAUUGGCCCUCACCUCAUCAUCAGCUGCUGCUUCUACUACUACUUCUAAUUAUGCAAAUUCCAUGUGGGGGGCGAGCUCAGGCAGCCAGACCUCCUCUCAGGGCAGGGAGAAGGUGAUUGUCGAUGGCAACAACCUGGAGGAGUGGCCUAGCAUCGCUGGCAGUGAUGGCGGAUCAGCUUCAUUCACCAGGGCUGGAGGCGGCGGCGGCGGCGGCGGCGGCGGCAGCAGCAGCAGCAGCAGCAGCAACAAUGGAAUGCCUGUGAACAGCAUCAGUGCCUCUGGCAACCAUUCCUCACCCACUUCCUCAUUCUCUUUGCCCAAUGAAUGUAUGCAGUCGUCCAAUGGUGUGGCAUGGGGGACGGCUGCCACCCAGGGUCAUCUUGGAGGAGGGAGUGCAGUAGCUACAGCUGGGCCUCUGCUACAACAGCCCUCCUCAAUUUCCAAAGCCUCCACUGUGCCAGGGAGCCAUGAUACCAGUGGCCCCGUCGAUGGAAGCAGUGGGAUUCCAGGUGCCAACUUCAAUCCAAAUGCCAACCCUUCGGCCUGGCCUGCCCUUGUGCAGCAGGAUGGGCCCGCUGCUGCAGGGGAAGGAGGUCCGUCUUCCUUCCAUCACCAGGGCCCUGGAGGGUCUUUGUCUGCCAACAACUCUGCUUCCCUGGGGCCGGGAAGCGGGGCAGUCGGGGUGCUGGGGGGUCACCCACCUUUAUCUGUGAAUCAAUCAAGCACCCAUCAGCACCAACUUCACCAAAUGCAAUCCAGAGACAGAGAGAUGGGAGGGGGAAAGUGGGAAAGUGAAUCAGCGGGACCAAAAAUCGCAGGUGGGGAAGGGAUUGGGGGAGGAAUGGACCGUGGUGUGGGAGGAUGCGGAAUGAGUGUGGGAGACCACAACCUUGCCUCCUCAUGGAGAGGCCAGCCUUCUUACCCUGCAGCUAACUCCAAAACGGGUGCCUCAAGGACUGAUGGAUGGGAGGGCGGAGGUGCUGGCACAGGGGGAUUCGGAGCUGCUGAAGGUGAUAAUGGGACCUCAGGUUGGGGUUAUUCAAGUUCCGCCAGUGGGGCUAAUGCUUGGGGUAGUGCUGGAACUGGAGGAAACAGUAGUCAAACCGCUGGGGUAUCUCAGGGAGGGUGGGGGUCAUCAGGAGUAGGAGGGGAGAGAGGAGUUUCUGGUGGUGAUUGGGGUGGGAGCUCCACUGGUAUUGGAGGAGCUAAACCUGGAGGAGAGGGAAUGAGUGGAGCCUGCAGCAGUACCAGCAGCAGUAGUGGGGGUAGCGCAGCUGGCAACCCCCCAGCCACCACCUCAUCCUCCUCAACAGCCACCACUUUGACCAGAGUCUGGGACAAUCAGAAGGGAGAGGGUGAAACAGGGGAAUGGGGUGGGGGAGAAGGAGGACAGGAAGCACGGGGAGGAUCUUCAUCUAGCGGCGGAAACUCCAGAAAUGGGAGCGGACCUAACAGCCGUUACAAUUGUCCUCGCCCGGCACCUAAUGCUGAAGCUGCCUUACAGAAUCUUCUAAGUCGAACUGAUCUGGACCCACGGGUUUUGUCCAACACAGGCUGGGGCCAAACACAGAUCCGACAAAACAUAGCCUGGGAUGUCGAAGAACAGGGAGGACAGAAUAAAGGUGGAUUGUCAUCAGCUUCAUCAAAACAUCCAUCUUCACAUGGUAGUAGUUCUCAGUUUUCUGGUGGACAAAGGACCCAAAUCACUGAAUCAGUGGGUCCAGGGGUCAAUCCUUCCCAGGUUCCAUCUGCCGGGUCUUCUGGAGAGGGUUGGGAGAGCAGCAGUAACAGUAGCAGUAGUGGGGCCUCUCUGUCUGGGAGAGCCCCACCACCUUCAGGCCCCAACUUGAGGAAUCUUGGCGUUUCACAAUCUGGGCAAGUGACCACAACAGGCUCGGGUAUGGGGUCAGGGGUAAUACCAGGACAUAACCAGCAGGGGAAGACUAUAGGCUGGGGUGGAGAAGGGAUGGGGGCUAGGGAUGGCAAAGAGGCCAAAGGCUGGGGGAAUGAGGAAUGGAGAGACAGUAGUAGAGGAGGAAAUGGAGCAGGAUGGGGUGAUAAUGGGCAACAGGGUGACCCAGCUAGUGGAGGCUGGGGAGGAAAUCGGGAAAAUCGGGAGGAGAAAGGGGCAGGGGGUUGGAAAGACAUGGGUGGGAAUGGUGGAGGAAGUGGGUGGGGAUCUGGACAGAAGGCUGGGGCAGGAAGGGACUGGGGUGAGCAAGAGUCCAAAUCAAACAGUGGAGGAGGAGGAUGGGAGGCUGAGAGGAAGACUGGAGGAGGAAACUCAGGUGGGGAUACAGGUGGGGGUGGUUGGGGAAGCUGGGAUGAUAAUGCUCCUCGGAGAACCUGGGGAGCAGGGGGCACAGGAGGCGGAGGGAGUGGAGGAGGGGGUAUGGGCGUUGUUGGGGGGAUGGGGUCCAAACCCCAUCAAAAUUGGAGUGGAGGAAACAAAAUGCACCAGAUGCCAAACAGCCAGUUGGGCUCCAUCACAGGCCCUCAGGCACAACUGCAACAGCAACAAUCACAGCCCCGCAAUCAGAAUCCACAGCUGCAGCAAGCGUUGGACCAAGGGGCUAUGCAAGGGGGCGGGGGAAGGAAACUUGUAUCUCAAGCCCAGAAUCAGAACCAAAGCUCAGGCUGGACCUCAGGGCCCAUCCCUGGUGGUCCCGCAGGAGGUGGAAGUGGAUCUGAACCAAGUGGCUGGGAGGAACCUUCACCACAAUCCUUAAGCAGGAAGAAUGAGAUUGAUGAUGGAACAUCAGCAUGGGGUGACCCAACCCAUAGCAACUACAAGCCAGUCAACUUGUGGGAUAAGAACGGCGCCCCUGCUGGCCAGCAGCUGCAUCAACAGCAGCAGCAGCAGCCACAGCAACAGCAGGGACCUGCGAUACAGCAGCAGUGUAGUAGGCAGGCUGCAGGGCCCGGAGGUAACAGAGACUUCAACACUGGCCAUGGACCUGCGAAAGCUUCAGCUAUGGAUCCAUCAGGUUGGGGUGGUACUUCCCCAUCUAGUCCUACAGUAGACAAUGGCACAGCAGCAUGGGGAAAGUCUACUGAGGCCCCUGCUGGCUGGGGAGACCCUGACAAUGCUAGCGCAAAGACGACAAGCUGGGGAAACCCUUCUCCCAACCCCAUCAAAUCCGGUACAAAGUCUAUGCAAGAUAGCUGGGGCGAAAAAGAAUGCUCGGUGGCAGCCUCGCGUCACUCAAGCUGGGAGGAUGAGGAGGAGGGAGGCGGCGGUGGAGGCGGCGGCGGCGGUGGCGGUGGUGGCAUGUGGAACAGCACCGGCUCCCAGGGAAGCGGUUCAUCUUGGGGACAGGGAAGCAACGGCGGCUGGGGACAGACCCACCCCGGGAAGAAGCCCAACAUCAAGGGUCCACUGAAGGCUGGUGGAGGAGACUCGUGGAUGAGCCCCAUUAACAGGCAGUUCUCUAACAUGGGGCUGCUGAACGAUGAUCCCAGUGGCCCAAACAUUGACAUGGCUCCGGGUUCUCUCCAGGAGAAGAAGAUGGAGGCAGAGAAAAGAGGCAUGGGAAUGAAUGACUACAAUGGAGACAUGAGGAAGGGAGGUAGAGGAGGAGGGGGGAUGCCAUACCGUCCACCUGGUUCAAAAGAAGCAGCACCUGGGGAUGUUGGCUCCUACUAUGACAAGACCUUGCCUUUGACCAAUCAGGAUGGUUGCCUUGGGGAGGAGGGUCCUUGCUCUCUGUACUCACCACCCACUGUCUACAAGCCCCAUUCCCUCUUCAACCAUACUAUCCCUUUUAGACAAGGCGGUCACAGUAUCUUUGGGAGUGGUGGAGGGAUGGCUCAGUCAAGACAUCAGCCAAGUGUCCCACCCAUAAACCAGUCCCCAGGGAUACGAGCGCAAGUGCCUCAUCAGUUCCUGUCACCGCAGGUGCCAGGCUCCGUGCUGAAGCAGAUGCCCCCUCCCAGCGGGAGCGUGGGGGGUGUUGGCGGCGUGGGAGGAGUGGCAGGAGUCGGGGGAGGUGUGUUCCCUCCACAGCUGUCCCCCCAGCACAUCGCCAUGCUCAGCAGCAUCUACCCACCGCACAUUCAGUUUCAAUUGGCUUGUCAGCUCCUCCUCCAGCAGCAGCAGCCACAACAGCAGCAACAGCAGCUGCUGCAAAAUCAGAGGAAAUUCACGCCAAAUGUGAGGCAGCAGGCUGACCCCCAGCAGUUGGCCAGGAUCAUGGCAGUGCUCCAGCAGCAGAGACAGCAGCAGCAGGUAGGAGGUCUAGGCGGCAGCUCCAAACUCUCCCCCUCCCACCACGGUGUAGGUGGUAUGGGAGGUCCCAAACUGCCUGUGGCUGAUCCCCUGCCCCAUCCAGGCCUGUCAGGAUCUGUGGCUGACCUCCACCCCAAAAAUCUCGGACCUUACAGUGGGUUUAGUUCUGGGAUGAACAUCCCUGGUCUGGACCUGGGUGGUUCUGUCGUGGGGGGGCCUGGGGGCAUGAAGGACCUUGGGGUUCAGCAGUCCCGCUUCAAAUGGAUGAUGGAGGGACACUCGUCUCCAGACACAACAACACCUGAGAAUGCAUUCCAUAAAAACGGUCCUAUCACCCCCAUAAAGAUGCCUGGGGGCUCACCCUACUCUCAGUACGACAUGAUGGUUGGAGACGGCCUGGGUGACAACUGGCACCGCACCCCUGGCAAGAUGGUCCCCAAGCCAACGACCACAACCAGCUGGCCACCUGAGUUCCAGCCCGGUGUCCCCUGGAAGGGAAUUGACCGUGUCGACCCCGAAUCCGACCCCUACAUGACCCCAGGGAGCAUGAUGGCAAAUGCAGGUUCCCCCAACCUCAAUGAUACUGAGCACCAGUUGUUACAAGACAAUACAGAUUCCACCCCUCCCCUCAACACCUUGCUGCCUUCACCUGGUGCCUGGCCCUACAGUGCCUCAGACAGUCCCCUCAACAACGCACACAACUCAGCAAAGUACACAGACUACAAGACCAGCUGGCCCCCAGAGCCCAUCGGACACAAGUCCUGGAAAGCCAGCCGCGGCACCAGCCAGACCCAGCUUUCCCGCCCACCUCCAGGACUAAUGAGUCAAAAGCAGCCAUCGUCUUCCCCUUGGUCAGGAGGAGCCCCUCGGCUGCCUGGCAGGGGCUGGGGCGGAAGCUCCAGCACCUCUGGCUCUUCUUGGAGUGACGGCAGCUCUCGGGAAAGCUGCUGGUUGGUGCUCAGCAACCUCACACCACAGAUCGAUGGCUCUACACUGAGGACCAUCUGCAUGCAGCACGGCCCCCUGCUGACCUUUCACCUUGGCCUGACCCAGGGCACAGCUCUUAUUCGCUAUGGAUCCAAACAGGAGGCAGCCAAGGCCCAGAGUGCACUCCACAUGUGUGUUCUGGGUAACACCACCAUCUUGGCAGAGUUUGUGAGCGAAGAAGAUGUGGCUCGCUAUAUUGCACAUUCCCAGGCUGGAGGAACAGGUAACGGAGGAACUGCAUCCAGCUCCGCAGGGUCCGGGCCCACAACGACCUCCGCGGUGGGGGCCAACAGCAACGGAGGAAGCUGUGAUAGAGGUGGAGUAGGAGGCGGCAGCGGGGGAGUAGAAGGAGGAUCCACAACUGGAGGAGCAGGAAACGGGGGGGCAGGGCCCACAAGCUCCGGGUGGCAGAGUAUGGACAGCACAGGCAGCUCAUCGGACCCGUCCUCCUCCCAGGGGUCCGGGCUCGGCAUCUUCUCACAAUGGAGCAACAACGGGACCGGGAUGGGUGGGUCCGGAGGUGUGGAGGCUGGAAGGCAGGGCCUGUGGGGGGGAAUGGGCGGGAUGAGCGGGGUCGGGUACCAGAGCAGCAGCCUAUGGGGUUCCCCAGCACUGGAUGAUCGUCACCAGAUGGGUAGCCCCGCCUCGCUGCUUCCAGGGGACCUGCUGGGCGGUGGGUCUGAUUCCAUCUAAGGGUCCUGACUGACACAAACACAAUCAUUUUACACCCAUUGUAAUACAAAUGUCACACUCUGCACUUACUUACAUGCGGAGAUGACGUGAAUAAAAGCUACACUGGUCACCUAACACACAUACAUUCAGUACACGCACAUAUCAUUUUCACACACACAUUAAACCGCUUAACUUUAAAUGAAGAUAACAGUGAAACUUGAACCGGGGGGAAAAGGUGAAAUCCAUUUAUUCAUCCUCUUUAGGACUCAACUGGACAGCUCUUUGUCUUUUUACUCCAAAUCCCAUCUGCUUUCAGAGACCCAGUCACUCAGGCAUGCACUGUAGACAGGCUCAGCCAGAGUCGUACACGUCGUCGACAAGUUUAGCUAUUGCUGUUUUUAGUGUUCCACAGUUAUUUCCUUUUUUUCUUUUUGUAUGACUAUAUUUAAUGGUUGAAUCUCAAAAUUCAGACUUGCAAACUGAGCCCUCGUAGACCAGGCAGGCGUACUUCUGAGUUCUCAUGUUUGGAAGCCUGAGAGUCGGAAGGAUCUGGAGUUUGUAGAAAAUUGGUCGGACGGCGCCACACUACUGAGUCAAACGGACGAUCAGCGACCUUUGAGAUGUGGAAGAGGAGAGUGUUUUUAGUUGGUACUGACGCCUCUACCUUGGUGGAAAUAUGCCAUCAACAUGGGACCCAGGGUUUAAAAAAUCUCAACAAAAACAACAUUAGCCAAACUUGCACUAUAUGCCUUUGGGUUUGUUGUUGACACAUCAUUCACAAAUCCCUCCAUUUUUGAAACAGAGCUACAACACAACAACUACACAGACCUAACCAGGACGACUUAAAUGUUACAACAGCAGUGGCCUUGGCUAACACCCAGCGGCCGCUCGCCUGCCUGCCCGCCAUGUCAGCAGCAUCACACCUUCUCAUCAGUUACACACUGCUCUUAUAUUUGACAAGCAAAAUUGUAUCUCCUUGUUGAUGUACGUCGGUUGUUUAUCAUUUUUUUUUUUCUGUUUUAAAAGAAAAAGAGAAACGUGUGAAACUUUGUGGAAAAUCCAGAGAUGUCCUCUCUUUUUUUUUUUUUUUUUUUUUUUUUUGCCCUUCAAACACUGACCUCGCUAUUAUAUUUUUUCUUACUCAAGAAAUCAAGUUGGUUAUUAUUAUAUAUUGUCAUGACGUUAAUGAUGACUAUGAUCACUUAUUUACUCGCUGUACAAGGUGCCCUCCUGCCUGCCUGUGUGUGCAUGAAAGGAGCGUUGACAGUAUGACCGAAUGGAGGAGGACGUGAUGAAGAUGAAGAUGAUGAUGAUAGGAGUGUCUGUGUUAUUGCUACAAUGUUGAAUGUUUUUUCUUUUUUUUUUUCUUGUCCAUGAGAUUCAUGAGAAAUGUGUGUGAGUGUGAGAGAGGGUGGGUAGAUGAAUGGAUGUAUACACGUUUAUGUGCUUGACUGACUGUUGUGAUAGCUAAACAAGUUCAAAAACAUCGGCACUAUUGCAUACGUCUCUUAAGUUGUGUUUUUUUUAGCAGCGUUUUGUUCCCGUUUGUGUUUUCUCUGUCAAAUGCAAUAAGAGAAUGAUAUUUUGUUUUUAAGACGAAGCAAACAACUGAAGGCAUUUCUGUUAGCGAUGCCAAAUCCUACCAUACCAAGCUGAGCUGGAACAGUGUUUUACAGACACGUUAAAGACAUUACAUAUGUUUUACUGUUUGUUUGUUUAUUAUGUAUCAAUUUAAAUUAAGUCAGUCUUUAUUAUCACUCCUGUUCAGGACGUUUUCGUUUAUUUCAGAUGUUACAAAAAGGAGAGGAAAUUAAUUUAAAGCAGAAAAGAACAAGAUAAUAAAGGUUGAAUUGAA